AUGACCAUGAACGUGAGCAAUGGGCACACGGCAUUCGAGUUUCCGUAUGUCGUCUCUGACACCCAGCUCAAAGCAAGCGCCAUCCUAAACUUCAUCCUAGGCGCAGUCUCGCUGCUCGCCUUUAUAUCCAUGCGUGGUACCCUAAGGAGCGUGGGGGGAGUUUACCAGCGCCGGCGGGAGCUCACUGACCUGUUCUUGCAGCCUCCCCAGCUGCUGCUUGGGGGCCUGCGGCAGGCCUGGUCAUGGGCCACUUCGGUCAUGUGCAUGUCGGACACAGACAUCGUGCGUACGGCGGGAUUUGACGCGCUGCUUCUCAACCGGACAAUCCUAAUGGGUCUGCAAAUAUUCUCCGUGCUGACCGUGCUAGCACUGGGAAUACUGCUACCCACGUACUACUCGUUCGACGACGUGGUGACCCACCGGCUGCACCGGGGCACCAAUGUGGCUGAGCUGUCCCGCACCACCAUCUCCAACUUGCCCCCCGGCCACGCCAUCCUGUGGCUGCCCGCGGCGGCCACCUACCUGGUGAUCGCCUACUGCUGCUGGGUGCUGCUGGUGCACUGCCAGAGCUACGCGGAGCUACGGAUGGCGUACAUGUUGUGUCUAGACGCGGCGGGCGCCCAACAUUACCAGCAGCCGGACCGCAAGCCCCCUCGCCGACAAAGGACACCCCACAGCAGCGGCGGUGGAGGCGGCGGCGGACCCCGGGGAGCGCACACGCUUGAAGGCUGCCAAAAGCGGGAUGAGCCCGCGGCCGCCGCGGCCGUUUCCAUGCCAUGCAGCACUUUUGGCAGCUCCGCCUCUCUACAGCACCUGCUGGGGACAGAGGCGGCGGGGCUGGUGGGUCAGGCGCCGCCGCGGCCCGGCUCCUUCAGCAUGACGUGGAGCCGCGGCAGUGAUGGAAUGGUAGCCUUACCGCCCAUACACACCCGCAGCCACAGCCAUAGCCAUAGCCAUAGCCACAGCACACACGUCACAGGGCUGCACAGGCACGACCCGCACGGUCCCGCUGCGGAGUGCUUGCGGCCGAACCUGAGCAGCAGCAGCCUCCAGGCCGCAGCCGCUGGCCUGCCAGUGACCGUAUCUGUGGGCCCCGCAGCUCAGCGCGCAGCUGGGCUCGCACGUAUGUCGUACGAUCCUGCCGCCGUGGGACCCGCGGCGGCGGAAGCUGUGGCAGCGGAGGUGGCGCCGCGGGCGCCGUACGCUCCUGGUUCAAUGCCGCUGCGUGUGCGGUUGCGGCUGGUGGCGCCCUGGCUGCGACACGUGGUGAUCAGUGCUGUGGAGCGGGCGGAACGGAGCAAGGCGGCGGAUAACCUUCUGGCCUGGGUGAAUCCCCUUAGGAUGUUGGCCAAGGACCGGGAAGACUGGGCUCGCCAGCAGCUGGCGGCCGACGUCGACCCAGACCCGUCGUUGCCGCCCGUGGCGUCGGGCCGCCCGCCGGCGGACACGGCAGUGUACGGCGGCUUGCUGGUGGCGUCAGAGGACAUGUUGAUGGCGCUGACGGGUCGUGCGGAGGAUGUCAUGGAACCGGAAUCACGUUGGCGGCGCUCCGGCGGCCAUAGGGCGCACGUCGACUGGAGCGAGAGCGUGCGCGAGCUGGCUAAAAGCCUGGGCAUCUGGCUGGGGCCGGGAGGCGGCGGGGAUGCGAAGGCCAAAGCGACGACGGCGGCGCCAGGCUGCUCCCACCGCCGCGGUGGCGUUAGUGGCGGGGGGAGUCGCGGCGGCGGGUGCGGCAUAAGCGAGUCCGGAGGAUCUGCCUGUGGUGGCGAGAGCAUCCAAGGAGAGUCGGCAUCGGCAUCUGGGUUAGAGACUGAGGGGGGGGCCAAGCAGGCUGCAGGCGGGCUUGCGGCUUCGGCGGGUGCGGGAUCGUCUGGUGGCAGCCAGGCCUGUCAAAUAGCACGAGGGAAGGCCGCGGGUGAUGAUUCUGCACCCACGGCACGGAAAUGCCCCGGCGUGGGUGCGGGUAGUGGAGCUGGAGCCGCUGGCAAUACCAGCAAGAGCCGCCAGUCCCCGCCGGUGUACCGGUACUGGGCACCGUCAGCGGAGCAGCGGUGCUUCUGCAGGGACCUGCGGCGGCGGCAGCGCCGCCAGGCGCCCUGGCAGCAGGGCCCGCGCACUCCGCUGGGCUUCGAAUCCAUGACCAACCCCGUUUUCGAUGCGCUAGCGGUGGACAGCACGGGCGGCAGCGCUGAUGCCAGCGGUGGUGGUGGUGGUUGCGUUGGUCUGGGCCGGCCGUACGGUGUCGCUCGUGUUGCUUCCAGGGCGCAGGACGAUGCUGGCGGCGUAUCCAAAGGCAGCCGUGGUGGCGCAGCCGGCGGUGGCAGCGGUGGUGGUGGCGGCAACGCUGCAGCGGAGCCUGGGAGCUGUGCCACUACGCCGGGGCCCGGACGUCACCGCAUGCGCCCGGGCGAUGAUGGAGGCAGCUGCGAUGAGCUGGCUGGGCAAGGGAAUGGGGAGGAGGAGGAGGAGGAGGAUGGCGAGGGUGGGGAUGGCGAUCGUCCAUGGACGGGGUGGCAACAGCAGCCCCUGGCGGUGGGGCGCUGCAAUGCGCGACUGCGGCAGCUCAUGAAGGUUCGUCACGGCGGCCGCAGCCAUCUGGUCAACUGCCACCACUACGCGGUGCUGAUCCGCGACGUAGUGCUCCGACCCGUGGAGCGGUUCAACUUGAUCGGCAUGCCGGUGCUGCGGUCCUCCACGGAGGGAGGAGCAGGAGGAGGAGGAGGAGAGCACUACGGUGGGGACAGGGCACCACGACGAUAUGUACGGGGCGACAUCGAAUGGGGCGACGGCGACGGCGCUUGUGCUCGCGAAACGAGGGAAGAAGCGGCAGGUGACGGUGGCGGCAGUGGCCAUGGCGGCUUGCCUAGGCCGCGGCGCCACCGGCCGCUGCUGCAGCCCCCAAGCGACCUGCCCUUGCGGGAUCGUGCCGUCCUCAUGGUACGGGAGCUCCGAAACCCUUCAAAACACAACGAUCAUCAUGACCGGCAGCGGAAGUCAGUGCGGACGCCUGGGUUGGAUGGUGGCGGUGUAGCUGCUGCUGCCUCAGCUGCUGGCACUGUGGACCACAUGACGGAGGUGCCGUACAACGCAAAGUCAGUGGAGCUGUCCACUGCCUUUACGCGGCGUAGUGUGGAACAGGGGGAAGGUACUGGGGAUGGGGACGUGCGCCAGAGCGAGGACAAGGCGCCAUUGCCGGGACCUCCAGACGCCUUGGUGCCAUGGGACGAUAGCGAGGAGGCCGCCGCGGUGGCGGCGUACUACACACAGCUGUUCCCGGAUAGCUUUCAGCGACUGGUGCCUGUGUGCAGCCACAGGGCCGUCGACGAGCUGCUGUUCCAGUGGACUGCCGCCAUGGGCAACCUGGCGGGGGCGCUGCUGGCGGCGCACGUCGCCGUACGCUCCACGGCCGCCGACUCGUCCUCUUCCUUGCCAUCAGGAACCGCCGGAUCGUCCUCCACCGCUGCCGCGGCGUGCGCAACCGCCGCGAUCCGCCGGGCUGCGGCGGCGGUACGGCGGCUGCAGGACCGCAUCCUAUUGGAGCGAGCCCGAGCGCUGCGCAGCCCCACCCGGCGGGCCUACAUUGCGCUGUUUUCCUCACAGCGUGACGCUGCGGUGGCGGCGCAAUGCAGCCCGCUGGCGCCCCCCAGUCGGGCGCAGCCGCUGCACUUCCGGGCAUGUGCAGCCCCGCCACCCGACUCAGUGUACUGGCCUGCGCUGUGGACGCUGCCCACCGGCCGUGCCGCCCGCCUGCUGGCCUCCCUGCCUCUGCUGGCGGUGCUGGUCUUCCCCAUAGGCGUGCUCACUGGCGCCCUGGCCAACUUGCCAGUGGCCGUGUGUGGCGGCACGCCCCAGCUCAACGCGCUGUACUGGCCGUGGUUCUGCAACCGCCGGGACUCCCACAGUCUGUACGCCCGGCUGGCUAGGAGCCUGCUGACGGGGCUGCUGCCGGCGCUGAUCUCCUUGGGUUGGAACGCCUGGGUGCUGCCCAUGGUGCUGUACCUGCUGUCCGCCAUUCAGAGCAGGUGUGUGUCCCUCCCCGCCAUGGACCGACAGAUGAGUCGGUGGUUCUUCUGGUGGAGUUUGCUCAACAUGUUCCUGGGGGCGGUGGUGGGGGGCGGCAUGUUCCAGCAGCUGGGGGCCUACCUGCAGGACCCGGGGAAGCUGCUACUGCGGAUCGGCACGGCCCUCCCAACCGCCUCCAACUUCUUCAUGCACUACACGCUGACCAAGGGGCUCUACUCCAACUGGUUGCGGGUGGCCUGGCCCCACUUGGGCUCCAUGGCGGGGGCCAUCAUGAGGGGCGGGGCGGGGGCCGCGCUGCCCAGCUCAUGGCAGGACGUGUUCCUCAUACACACCCCUCCCGGCUACCGCUUCAGCUCCUUCUACAACGGAGUCUUCCAGGUAACAGGCGCGCAAUACAGGGGGAGUCGACACACUCUGAUGGUGGGUCUGGCCUACGUGGUAACCGCCCCCCUCAUAGCGCCCAUCGCCCUGCUGUUCUUCAUAACGGCGUACAUCACCUGGAGGUACGCCAUUGUCUACAUCUUCGAACGACAGUACGAGUCGGGCGGUCAGAUGUUCCCCGUGGUGUUCUCCCACAUGACCGGCUACCUGCUGGUCGGCGAGCUGUUCACGGGAGCGGUGCUUCUCACCAACGGGGGCUGGAUGCAGGCGGCGCUGCUGUGGUGCUCCCUCACACCAGCCAUUGUGGCUUUCCACCGCCUGUGUGUGAAGAGGUACUUGCGGCCGCUGGAGCACCCGCCCCUCUCUUUGGCUAUGGCAGCGCCCCCCGCGUCCGUCGACUCGUCCGUGUACCUGCCCCCCGCAUUGCGGGAGGGAUCCGUGGGCUGGUACCCGGAGAGUGGCAAGGUCUGGGAACAAUACGGCAUCCCUAAAUACGUCAUUUGA